AUGGAGGAGGAGAGCAUCACUUCGCCAUUGCUGCAGGAGGAGAAGGUUUACCACCCGGGCUGCCCGGGCUGUGGCAACGACCGGAGGAAGGAGCUCCAGGAGGGCCUGCCGUACAAGGAGUUCUUGUAUGUCUGGAUCGUCUGCCUCGCGACUUGUGAUCAGAUGGUGUUCUUUCUUCUGAAUGUCAUCGAGUUUCUUGGACUUAUCCUCACAUUCAAACCCUUCAUGGCCGCACCAGAGUCCAGAGCAGUAUGA